AUGGCUCGCCGCACCGCCGCUCCAGCUCAACCAUCAUACCUGCCGCAUCCUCAACAUGGAGGUUCACUGACUGACCCUAACGAGGGUGCUUUCUCGAGGUUUUUGCGCACAGAGGUGUUUGCACCCGAGAAGCUUCCAGGCAACAUCAGCAUUGCCUCGGCCCUUGGUGUCUUUUUUGGAGGAAUUGUGCUUAUUAGAACGUGCGGGGAGUAUCUCGUACCUGCGUAA